UCAACAACAAAGCUAAACUAAACUUGAAAUCCAAACAGCAUCGAUCUAUAUUUGUUGUCUACGCGCGCUGUUGCAUAUAAAAUAGUUAAAGUGCAUUUCCUAAAUAUACCGACUUUUUUAACUCCAUUUGUUGCAUUGGAUCAACGAUCACCAUUGACGGUGGAGUCCUCGUGUCCCAAGCGCAAAAAAUGCGAUAUGGAUCGAGAGCGCGAAAGAGAUGCAAAGGGCCUCGAGCCGCGCGACUUAUCCUCCACGGGCCGCAUCUAUGCUCGCAGCGAUAUUAAAAUCAGCGCUUCCCCCACCGUUUCGCCAACGAUCUCAAAUUCCUCAUCGCCCACACCGACGCCGCCCGCCAGCUCCUCUGUGACGCCGCUGGGCUUGCCUGGGGCGGCGGCGGCUGCAGCUGUGGCCGCUGCGGCAGCGGCUGCUGCGGGCGCCGGACCCGGUGGCGCCUCGGCCGGGGCCAGUUCCUAUUUGCAUAACCACAAGCCCAUCUCGGGCAUACCCUGUGUGGCGGCCGCAUCGCGGUACACAGCGCCGGUUCACAUCGAUGUGGGCGGUACGAUCUACACGAGCUCCUUGGAGACGCUUACCAAAUAUCCCGAGUCGAAGCUGGCCAAGCUCUUCAAUGGCCAGAUACCCAUUGUGCUGGACUCGCUGAAGCAGCACUACUUCAUCGAUCGGGAUGGUGGCAUGUUUCGCCAUAUACUUAACUUUAUGAGAAACUCAAGACUAUUGAUUGCCGACGAUUUUCCCGACCUGGAGCUGCUGCUCGAGGAGGCGCGCUACUACGAAGUGGAGCCUAUGAUUAAGCAGCUGGAGAGUAUGCGCAAGGAACGCGUACGCAAUGGCAACUAUUUGGUGGCGCCACCCACACCGCCAGCACGUCACAUUAAGACCAGCCCAAGGACGAGCAAUGCGCCCGAGUGCAAUUAUGAGGUGGUCGCAUUGCACAUCUCACCGGAUCUGGGGGAGCGCAUUAUGCUGUCGGCGGAACGGGCCCUGCUCGACGAGCUCUUCCCGGAGGCGAACCAGGCAACGCAGUCGAGUCGCAGCGGCGUCUCCUGGAACCAGGGCGACUGGCGCCAAAUCAUCCGCUUCCCACUGAACGGCUAUUGCAAGCUGAAUUCGGUGCAGGUGCUCACACGGCUGCUGAACGCCGGCUUCACCAUCGAGGCCAGCACCGGGGGCGGUGUCGAGGGGCAGCAGUUCUCCGAGUAUUUGCUCGUCCGUCGCGUUCCAAUGUGAUAGGCUUCAUGUCCAGGUCAACGUCUGCCUCAGCGUUCUGGGCACUGUGUAAUCGUAAUCUUUGUGCGCGUUGCGCACUAAUUGCUUCCCCUUAGGGUGGUUUUUGGGGGGUUUCGACAAGGGGGUUUCGGCGGGCAGGGCAGGGCGUGCCGCGGGUGUGGGCGGUACGUGGGGGAGGGUGUUUGUUUUAUUUUUUUGCAAAUUUCUAAAAUCCAAAUGUUAUUUAAUGUUUAUAUCAAUUAGGUUUUUUGCCGGAAGUCAACCCGCGCAGGCACACGAAUACACCCACAUACACGCACAUAGACACACAACAACAAUAUUCGUGUAUUUCUUUAGCAUUUAAGAUGAAGCCCAGGGCCCCCAGCACUGAUUUGUUUAUGGCCUACGUUGAGUAGUUCCGCAUAGUUCGGCAUAUUUAAACUAGUUUCUGUUGUUUUUAAGUAAUUCCCAUGAUUAAAAAUACUUUCUAUUAUUUAAUUCCAUAACAAAAAAGAAAACUAGCCUGAUAGACACCUCCCGGGAAGUGUCUUGAAGCAUAUCUUAUAAUACGUACACAUAUGUAGCUAUCAAAAAGAAAGAAAGCAAAAGUAAAAGAAAAUAAAAAAU